AUGGGCAGACUGAACAUACAAUUUCCUCUCAGUUCCUGCUUCUAUAGUCCCAGACGCCUUUUGUCCCAACUUCUGCUCUGGUCCAUCCUCAUCCUGGCCUUCAGUGUCGUCAUAAAAGUGCAGCCCCGCCUCGCGCAUUUCAUUCCCCGCACCACCCGCGCCGUUUCAACCUCCUCUCAAUCCAUCGUGCGACUUGCGUCUGCAGAGAAAAACAUGUCGUACCAAGAGGAACGGUUCAUUGCCGAGCUUGCUGUUCAAAGAGCCACGCUUUUCACGCAGAAGGUGUUCUUCGAAAAAGCUAAGGGAACAGUCUCCAAGGAUGACAAGUCGCCCGUCACCAUUGGCGAUUUCGGUGCCCAGGCCUUGAUCCUCCAGGCCAUCCGCAAGAACUUCCCAGGCGAUGAGAUAGUCGCCGAAGAAGAAGCGAGUUCGUUGCGAGAGAAUAAGGAAUUGAGCGCUGAGAUCUGGGAGCAGGUCAAGGAUAUUAAACUGCAGGAUGUGGAAGGGGACAGCCUGCUAGGCGGGCCCAUACCGAGCGAGCAGGCAAUGUUGGAUUUGAUCGAUCAGGGGAAGAGUGCCGGUGGGCCAAAGGGACGUAUCUGGGCCUUGGACCCUAUUGAUGGCACCAAGGGUUUCCUCAGAGGUGGCCAGUACGCUGUUUGCCUGGCCUUGAUUGAGGAUGGGGACGUCAAGGUGGGAGCUAUUGGCUGUCCUAAUUUGCCGGUCGACGAUUCAGCCACCCUUUCUGUCGGAAUUGGUGCGCACCAGGCCGAGAGUUCGGGAAAUGGCGUGCUCUUUUCAACCGUUAAGGGCACUGGCGCCUUCAGUCGGCCUUUGACAAAUGGUUCUUUGGCUGCUAGCAAGCCCAUUUCCAUGCGCCCCGUGCCUGACAUUACACACGCCGUCUUCUGUGAAGGUGUCGAGGCUGCUCAUUCCUCUCAGAGUGACAAUGCUGCCGUCGCUGAGCGCCUUGGAAUUACAAACCCCAGCGUGCGGUUGGAUUCCCAGGCCAAGUACUGUUCAAUUGCCAGAGGUGCUGGCGAUAUUUACCUACGGUUACCGGUUAAAAAGAACUAUCAGGAGAAGAUCUGGGAUCACGCUGCCGGAGACCUGCUCGUCCGCGAGGCUGGUGGGCAGGUAACCGACAUUUAUGGCCAUAGGUUGGACUUCAGCAAAGGCAGGACCCUGGCUACCAACACAGGCGUCGUCGCGGCGCCCAAGGCCAUACAGGACCAGGUUAUUGAUGCUGUGAAAUUUGUCUUGAAGCUAUAA